CUGGUUCACAGCAGGUGAGACUUGGAUUCAGGUGGACUUCAUUGAUCCAGCUCAUCUUUGUGGUUCAGUGUUUGAUCAGGAUUCUUUGGAUCUAGAAUCUGUUCAGACGCAUUAUGUCGGCUGUUAAAUCCGGAUCGACUCUGCGGGGUCUGAUUCUGACUCCAGAGCGGAUCCCGAGCUUCUUCAUCCCGUCGCCCAGUCCGCGCCUCUUCCUCUCUCCGCGGCUUCACCGGAGCUCACCGGACCGGACCCGGCUGCUGUCCGACCCUGACGACAGUCCGGGAGGGAGUCCCGAGAAUCGGAUCAGCCCCGCGGCCUCCCCCCGCUUCCUGCUCCGCCUGCCGCCGCGGAUCAGAGCUCCGCGCCGCGCCGCCGCUUCUGCGACAGAGGAGGCGGACACGGACCUGACGACGCGCGCGGCUAUGUCGCUGCCGCACGUGGAGAAAGUGACCACGCCCUACGGAUUCCGUGCCGUGCUAGCCGCGAGCCCGUGCACACACCGGCGCGAGUCGCUGUUUCACCGGAACAAACCGGUGACAGUGACCGUUACAGAGCCGGAUCAGCAGGACCCGGACCUGCAGGACCCAGUGGACCCUCCCCCGCCUGAUAAAGGUCCUAGCAGGUCCCGGAUCCCGCGGCCCGUCAAAGCUCUCGGUCUGCAGGUGAUGAAGGAGCUGAAGAAACCUGCAGCCGCUCUGAAGGCGCUGAGUCCCGCCGCGAGGAGGACCGACACCCGCUGAUGUCACAUGACUGACACACCUGACAGGUGGACUGAGUCUGUCUGAGUAGCUCUACUGAUCUGUAGCUACAUUAACUUAUUUACAUCAAGUUUUAAACUAUUUUAAUAAUAAAACUUUAAAAUGUG